AUGGCUGAAUAUUUAUCGAGGGAUAUAUUGGAAGACGGUCUCGUGCGGUCUUUUGCACCGAUUCGUGUUUUGCAAACGGCGCUGGGGUCAGCGCGGGUGGAUGCGAAAUACCGCUUCGUGACGUCACCGACCCUGGGCCAGAAGGUGUACACCGCAGCCCUGAUGCUCGCAGCCACGGUGUCCUACGUCACCACCGUCUACUGCUACAUCUCUCACUUCAAACACCACAGCUAUCUUCGCUACUUAUGUCAAAUCGGCAUGUCCCUACAUUAUGUCACACACGCGGCUAGCAUCAUCCACUCGAGGUUCCUGAACAACGAGAGCAACGUCCGGUUUUACGUGAAGUUACAGGAGAUCGACCGAAGCAUGAGGAUAGAUCGAACCUCUUACUUCCACGAUAUGCUUUACCGAAUAAACCUCAUGAACACGUUGCUAUACACCGUCAUGUACUUCGUAUUUUCGGCGAUUUUGUUUUUUAGAAAUCUACAUCUCCAAGUAUUUUUUGCUUCGGGAAUAUUUUUAGUUCAGUUUACGUGCACUCUGGAGUGGAUUUACUUCUCGAAUUUAAUCGUGCAUAUUUACUCUCGACUGAGCUUCAUCAAUAUGAUUAUGUCGAAUCAUUUACGCUCGAUAUCGAGUUUUCACUCGGACAAUGUCUCGGAAUGGAAGAUUCUGGACACGCGGUCCUUGCGAGAGCUGGCACAGGAAACUAACGAUUUCAGGACCAGCGAAACCGACAAGUAUCUGAAUAAAAUAUUUAAUUUAAUCCACAAUUUUACUGGCCUGUACAGAUUUCAGGUCUUAUGUAUUUCUGUUGCAGGCCCUCUCAGAAAGAAAGCUACGACGAUGCUGAAAACUAUCGAGGAGACUCCCCCGCACUUCUCCGUGUAUGACAUGUGGAACAUGGACGGUUCCACUCUACUCAACAUACUCAGCAUCAUAACUACCCUCAUUGUCACGUUACUUCAGUUUUCAUUACUGUAG